AUGUAUUUCCGGCAGAACACGCGAAUAAAAUUGGUUAGUUCCAGAUCUUAUGAAGUAAUAAAGAAGAAAUCCGCAAAUAUGGAUCACGCUAUCGGACCAUUGAGAUUUGUUAUUAAAAUAAUGACUUGUACAUGUAUUAUACCAAGUAUUCAAGAAGAACAGCAUAAUAAAGAACUUGAAAGCUGUGAAUGUAAUAAACAAUCUGAAAAUAAUGGAUAUAAUGAAGAAUCUGAAAAUUAUUAA